UCGCUGAGUCGGCGUUUUGACAGUAACGCAGUCGCCAAAAAGCUUAGAUAGAUUACGUUGUCGUGGAAGCGCAUCGCGCUCAAUUUGUUUAUAAACAACUGCUCAGUUAAUUGCAAUUGGAAACCCCGACCGCCAUGUGGUCGCGCAGCAGCAGUGCAAGGCGGCAAGUCACCGCCAUAGACAGUGAUCCCGAGAAGGUAUUGAGGCAGGUGCAGGAGCUGAGCGACUGGCUGGACGCCAAUCCCCAGAUCAACGGAUGCAAGACGUUCGAGAAUUUGCAUUUUUUUCUGCGCACCUCCAAAUUUGAUGUGGAACGCACAAAGAAGAAGCUAAAGACAUUCUAUCAGAUGCGUGCAGAGCGAACCGAAUGGUUCGAUAAUCGCGAUCCCAACUUACCCGAAAUCCAGGAGCUGCUGGAACUGGGCGUUUUUCUUCCCGUUGGCCCGGACUCAGACAAUGGUUGUAUGGUUGUGGUCAUUCGGACGGCGGCCCAUGAUCCGAAGAAACACACACAGAACAACGUCUUCAAAACCAGUAAAAUGAUAUUGGACUUGCUGUUGAAGCUCGAUCCGGAGAGCUGUGCUAAGGGCAUGGUGGCCAUACUGGAUAUGCAGGGCGUUCAGUUGGGUCAUGCCCUGCAGCUGAAUCCAAAGCUCAUUAAACGAUCGGUGGAGAGCUGGACAGCCUAUCCCUGCCAGCCCAAGCUAUUGGAGUUUACUAACGCUCCGCGUCAUGUAAACAUCUUUCUGAACACUUUCCGGAUCUUCAUGACACCCAAGAUACGGUCCCGAGUGAUGGUCCGCCGCGAGGGAACCUCUGUGAACAGUGCUCACUUGCCAAAAGAACUGGGUGGGCAGGGCCCGAGCUACGCCGAACUCGCCAUCAAAUGGAAACGGUUGCUGGAGGAGAAUUCCGAUUUCUAUGUGGAACAAGACAAAUAUAAAAGCAAGCUCAAGUAAUAUAGGUUAGCGGGCGGCGGCGACAAAGAUAACGUGGCGAUUAGCCAAGUGCUAUAGAUUAGGGCGACUCAUUGUCGAUGCGUAAAUGCUCAUUGGCGCAUACCUUUGUCGCCUGCAGUUGUAUAUUGCUUAAUUCCAUACAAAGAUCUAAUAAGUUGUACAUACUCUUGUAUACUUUUCAUUUUCAUCACGCUUAUCUGAAUAUAAGCUAAUCAAUUGUUUUUGUUUUUUUUUUGUUAAUGGAAGUCAAUGUACGAUACAAAAUUGAUCCAGAGCAUGGGCUGUAUUCAUAAUAUUCUCUUUAUUAGUAUAAAACGUAUCAAAAAUG